GGAUGUGCUGUUCGACAACUAAUAGACAAUUCACUUGAUGCAUCUGCACACUCAAUAGAAAUACGUGCGAGAAACAACGGAUACGAAUCUGUGGAAAUUAUCGAUGACGGCACUGGUAUCGAAUCCGAUAAUUUCGAUUUCCUUUGUAAACCACAUUCUACCUCGAAACUAAGUGGGUUGAAUGAUUUUGGUCAUCUCUCUACACUUGGAUUCCGUGGUGAGGCACUCAAUGCCCUUUGUGCAUUGGCGUCCAUAACCGUGAUAACUCGACAUCGCUCUGACCACCUUGGUACCAAACUCCGAUUUGAUCACAGUGGAAACAUUAUUGAAAGUGUAUCUGCAGCCAGAUCGGUAGGAGCCACUGUAAUCGUCGAAAAUCUCUUCGAAACGCUACCAGUCCGCAGAAAAGAAUUCGAAAGGACUUCUAAAAAAGAGUUCAGUAAAGUGCUAGCAACUGUGCAGAGCUUUGCUCUUUCGCGACCAGACAUCAAAUUCGUCUGCAACAAUACUGUAGCGGGAAAACGGCAGCAGUUAAUUUGUACGCCAGGAAAUGCUACUAUUCGAGAUGUGAGUCAUUGUAGCACCGCUCUUGGGCCCAUACUGUUUGUGCUUUUCAUUGAAGUAUAUUCGGUUUUUUCACAACUUCUCAAGGCCUUAUAUAUUAGAAUAAACGGCUUUGUGAGCUCGUGUGAGCAUGGAUUUGGACGCAGUGCUGCCGAUCGUCAAUUUGUUUACGUGAAUCAACGUCCAGUCGACUAUGCGAAGAUUUGUCGAGUAGUUAAUGAUGUGUACCAGCAAUACAACCGUUCUCAGUAUCCAACUCUCGUGCUUAACAUUGAAGUCCCACCGGGUAUGGUCGAUGUCAAUGUCACACCCGACAAAAGAAUGGUCUUUUUCGAAAGAGAGAAGGAAUUGUUAGCACUUAUUCGGUCGUCGAUGCUGGCUACUUUUCAUCCGCUUCUAGGCGCAUACACAUCUGUAGAGGACUCGCGAAGUAAAGGUGAUGAAGCUCAUUUCACAAUGACUUUGGAUGCAUUCGCAUUCAAACCGAUUUCACGGGAAAACUCGUCUUCCGCAGAGAUCGCGCAGUCGUCCUCUUCCUACAUUGUAAAACCCGAGAGCUCAAAAAAACCACCUAUCGUUGCGACAUGUACAAAAGAUUCUGCUACAAAGAAAAAAUCCGACUUCAAUCAAAUGUCUGUGAUCGGACAGUUCAACAAAGGAUUCAUUAUCACUCGUUUGCGGAAUCAUUUGUUUCUUAUUGAUCAGCACGCCAGCGACGAAAAGUUUAAUUUUGAACGCUUUCAAAAAAAGGCUCGAGUGGAGACACAAAGGCUUAUACAACCACAACUUCUCGAUAUCGGCGCAGUUCAAGCGUCAGUUCUAAAGGACAAUUUGAACAUUCUGGAAGCCAACGGCUUCGGCUUUGAGUUUAAAGACGGAGACGGUUGCACAGUCCCUCUUCUGGUAUCCACACCUGUUCUUCAUAGUUGGCAGUUUGAUAAAAGCGACAUUGAAGAAAUCCUGACCGUGGUAUCAGAGUUUCCCGGUGUGAUGUAUCGUCCGGCAAAACUACGCCGAAUAUUUGCAUCUAGAGCUUGUCGAAAAUCUGUGAUGAUUGGCACAACACUUACCACAGCACAGAUGCAAACAAUUGUGCGUCAACUUAGUACACUGGAUCAACCAUGGAACUGCCCACAUGGGCGCCCAACUCUUCGUCAUCUGGUUGAUUUACAAAACAUGAAUACAACUUGA